GAAGCGAUCUGAUUGGUCGCUAUGGGCAAAUGCACCACUCUUCCUCUGCACAGGUUUUGAUAAAUCUCCCCACAUGUGUCCACUCACAAGGUGAGGGCUACACACAGAUGCUUUGUAGUGAGAUGUUCCUAUUUUAACUCUUAAGUGACCGCAGUAGUCCAGGGGAGAGCGCUAAGCUGCAUGUAGCUCAAUGGGUUCCUUUGGACCACAGCUGUAGCUCAAUAGUUAAAACUGGAAAGUCUCGCCUCAAAAAGCCUGUGCGUGGCCUCAGCGCCAGUUGGAAACUUUAUUUAUAGUGGACGUGCAGCAUUGCUGUGUAAGUCCAUGUGCAUAGUGGAGACCAUCUUCUUGUGUGGUUUCAGAUGUGCCAAGUAUCUUCCCGCUACACAGCAUCAUAGCUGGGACAAUUGUUGAAAAUGUGUGACAUUCCCUCGGCCAUCAAUGUCAUUGAAGACACCAUACCUUUCACUCCAGAAAAGAAGACUUUUUCUGUGUACUCUUCUUCAUAUUCAGUGACUCCCCUGCACAGCUCAACAAUCUGUGAAAACAUCUCGAAUCCCAGUUCUGUCCAUAUUCCAGCAAAUGCUGCCACUGAGGAAAGUGCACAAAGUAGGCUUCAAGUAUUCGGCACAAUGGUUUCAAAGGCCUUUUUUGCUGGAAAAUGGAAAGGAACAGAGUCUACUAAAGUGAUCGAAAGCAAUAAAGUUUCGAUUUCCCAAACAGAAAAACGUUCAGCUCAAAAAAGGGAUCCGUGUUCUGAUAUUGAUGCAGCCUGUCCUGUGUCCAGCAAACUAAGGUCACAUCAAGGACAGUCAUUCUGUUCAAUGGAUGGGUCAAAACUAGGAAAAAGCAGACUACCUCUUCUUAAAAAACACGCAGUCACUUCUCUUGAAGACGAGCUUGGAGAAACCAGAAGAAGCCUUACUAGAGAGGCUAAUAGUGCUAGAUCUUCUAUGGGUUGUCAAUCUGCCACACAAGAAACAAACGUAAAAGAUGUCGAACACAGAGUUGUGACUCAAAAACCCUGUAUCAGUGGGAUAAUGGACAAAGUUUCUAUUCCACGUUACAGUACUGGCUUGACCGAUACCCCUUAUGUUAAUUCCAAUGCUGUUCCAGUCACAAACCCACUACAGGCCAAAAGCCAUGCAUCCGGUGGGCAGUCACAGUCGGUCCCAGAGAAUGCAGCAGUGACAGUGGCUGUACGUGUCCGACCGCUAAAUGAUCGAGAAAUAUCUGGUGGACAUAAAUGUGUGCUGUCGGUGACCGACCAGACCGUGAUGGUUUAUCAUCCCCAGAACAACCAAAGGCUUGUGUUCCAGUACGACUUCUGCUUUUCAUUCGCACAACCUGGAGACAGUGUCCCCUGUAGUCAGGAGGAAGUUUACAGACAAGUAGCCCAGCCUCUGUUGACCAGAGUCUUCCAAGGUUAUAACACCUGUCUAUUCGCAUAUGGUCAAACCGGAUCUGGGAAAUCUUACACGAUGAUGGGGUAUAAUACACACAUUGGUAUAAUUCCAAGAUUUUGCAAGGAGCUUUUCUACAAUAUAAAAGUGUCUGUCCAGGAGGAGGUUAACUGUCACGUGGAAAUGAGCUACUUUGAAAUCUACAAUGAGAAAAUUCAUGAUUUACUAAGCUCUCCCAGAGACGCUGGGCAUAAGAUAGCUCUUAAAGUACGUGAACACCCAACAUGUGGCCCAUAUGUGGAUGGUCUUUCAACGUAUGUGGUUGCCUCAUUCACAGAUGUGCAGACUUGGCUAGAAUUGGGUAAUAAACAGAGGGCCACAGCAGCUACAGGAAUGAAUGAUAAGAGCUCCCGCUCACAUUCUGUGUUCACACUGUCAGUGACACAAACAAGGAGGGAAAUUUUUGAAGGGGAGAUUCAUGACCACACGAGAACGAGCAGAGUCAACCUGAUAGACUUGGCAGGAAGUGAGCGCUGCAGCUCUGCACAGACCAGCGGGAUACGAUUAAAGGAAGGUGCCAGCAUCAAUAAGUCGCUGCUUACUCUGGGCAAAGUGAUAUCCGCUCUAGCAGAGAUGUCAGAUGUCCACAAGAGAAGUUUUAUACCCUACAGAGAAUCUCUACUCACUUGGCUCCUAAGAGAGAGUUUAGGGGGAAAUUCCAAAACUGCGAUGAUUGCUACAGUCAGUCCUGCCUCUGUGAACCUGGAGGAGAGUCUUAGUACUCUACGGUAUGCCUCACAAGCCAGGAACAUCAUCAAUGUGGCCAGAGUAAAUGAAGACUCUAAUGCUGCUCUGAUAAGAGAGCUAAAGUCUGAGAUUGACAAACUCCGGGCUGCUCAGCAGUGUGUACAAGGGGUGGAUCAGGCUGUAUAUGAGGCCAGCUUACAGGAGAUAUGUUCCCUGAGAGAACGUUUAUCUGUCCAAGAAAGGCAGCUAACAGAGACCCAAAAAUCUUGGGAAGAAAAACUUAAGCUUGCCAAACAUCAAAAAAUAGAAGAAGCAAAAGAGCUGCAGAAAGCUGGGGUUUGCUUCAAAGUUGACAACAGACUUCCCAGCUUAGUCAAUCUGAAUGAGGAUCCUCAGCUCUCUGAAGUGCUUCUAUACCUAAUAAAGGAGGGCCAAACAAAAGUGGGCAAGCAGCACCCGGGCUCUGAUCAUGAGAUCCAACUUGCAGGAGUCCUUAUUGCCAACGAUCACUGCACAAUCAAUAAUGAAUAUGGUCAAGUAACUCUAAUUCCAGUGCCUGGAGCAGAGACAUUUGUCAAUGGAAACUUGGUACAAGACUCGGUGGUUUUACAUCAUGGUGAUCGAGUGAUCCUUGGUGGAAAUCACUACUUCCGUUUAAACAACCCUAUGGAGGUUCAAAGUAAUCGCCGGACUGUGUGUUUGGGAAGUGCAGGACAAGAACGGCUAAGAGACUUUGAAUUUGCAAAAAAUGAACUCAUUGAUGCCCAAAAGCAAAGGAUAGAAAAUGAGAUUGGAGAUGCCAAGUUGCAGGCACAGACCGAAAUGAUGCAGGAACUUCAAACAGCAAAAGCAUUAGCUCAGUUGGAGCUGAUGGAGCAGAAAAAGCUUUAUGAGAAUCACAUCAAACAACUAGAGAAAGAGCUGGAAGAAGAACAGACUCGGAGAAAUAGCUUCAAGAGAAACCAGAAGGAUGAUGCAUUUUGCUCAAGGUCUAAUCUUCCUCCAUCGAGGUCAUACACCCAGAUGGGUGUAAAGCAGAACACAUUCAUAAAGGCCUUAGAAGAGGAGAAAGACACUAUCACUAAACAGGUGGAAAAAAUACAGUACAGAGUAAAAAGUAGAUCAUCUGAAAAACAGGAACAGUGGACCGCUCUGCAACUUUCUAUUAGUCUUCAAGAAGCAAACACAAUAAGCAAAAGCCUGACUAAACAGACGGUCUUUUCUAGGUAUGACCUACCAGCUCUGAAUGGAGAAGAAAAGGCUGUGUAUAUAAAAGUUUCCAAUACCAAUUUGGGUAUUUCUACUAUGUGGAGCCUAGAAAAGUUUGAAGAGAAGCUGGAAGGCAUGAGAGAGUUGUACAAUGGGCUCUUAGACAGUAGUGGAGAUGACCUUUUUUAUGACCCUGCUGAUACUUGGGAAGGAGAAAUUAAACAACCAUCUCCAAAAAGGAAACAAGGAAGAAGUUCACUUUCCAGACAGACGUCUGGUUUACUAAUUGGAAAAGUGCACACAGAUACUUUUGUUCCCCGUACGACUUUUUCUUCCGUCUGCAAGCAACUGGUAACCUCUGAGACUGAAAUUUUGGGCAAGGAUGACCAGUCUCCAGGCUUAGUUCUUCAAAUGCUCAUUGGCCUUCAUGACAUCUUAACCUCAAGCAAUGAUGUUAUACAAGUGUAUGAACAAUUUGAUCUUGAUGACGUGAGCAUUCAGCGACAUCUGAUAACUGUCUCAUCUGCCUUUAACCACCUGGGCUUCUCUGUCCGGUUGAUUGAUGACUUACUCGGUGCUCCGGACACCCAGGCAGCGCACCCUAAACAGCACCUAGUUUCUGAAGUGAAGAAACUGGGGGGCAGCUUGGCAUUUCUCCUACACCGCUGUGAAUGUGACAUUACAUCAAUGUUGAAAAACUCCAAGGAACAGAUUAACCAAUCUGUAUCAGUCAUUGCCGGUUUGCUCGGCCAGAUCUCAAUCACCAGGCAACCCAACAUCAGUCAGAGCUCGGAUGAAAAAUGUGGCCUGGAGCAGGCAGAGUUCAUCUCUUCUAGCAUAAAGGAGAAUUUCCUCAGGGGAAGUGAAAGUUCACUCUCGGAACACAUGGAUUUCCUAGUUGGCGAGGUACAUUGUUUAGAAAGUCUAUACCAGAAAGCCUGGUUGGAGAGCCAUAAGUUAGCGGAGGAUUUAAGAAAAUGUUUGCUGCCCCUUGGACAAUCUCUGGAAGGUUACCUCAACAAAUGCAAACAAUUUUGGAUGCAAUUCCAAGCUAUUAAGUGUCAGAAGCAAGUUUUCACUGAGGACCUAUCCCUCCAUUACUUUUAUAGAAGAAUUGCUCACCAUCUGAAAAACUUUGUCAUGUGUUGGAAGGAAGUAACUGCAACAAGUAUACAUUACAUGACAGAUGGUGUUACAGACUUUUGGACAAUAAAGCAGGACUUGGAGGGCUUACUCAAAAAUGCUUCUCAGUCAGCCAAAGAGUUCUCCUCUUUAUGCAAUGAGAUUGUUGUCCAUCAAGAAGACUUUGGCCUGUCACCGGUGAUGAAGGACAUGGAGUCAGCUGUUCCUAAGCUGCAUUCUUCUGCAGGAGAUUUAUUACGGCUAAUUAAGGUGCUGGGAGGUGUGAAUUGUCUUAAUUCCGGGAUGUUACUCUCAGCCAACAAUAGGCAAUUGUCUGGGGGUCCGAGAGCUGACCUCGGCAUUCAUAUGUGGGGGAGUAGCAGAGAGCCUGUAAGAGUGACUAUAGCAAAAUGGAACUAUGAAGCUCUUCUCAGGGAAAACUGUUCUGAGAGAAAAAGAACAGUGUAACACGAAUAUCUUAAUCAGUCGAGAAUUUGUAGACCCCUGAGAGGUAAAUGUGUUAAUCUGCCCCCAUAACACCUUUAAACCUCAUCCACUUGGACUUUUGCAUUAGCAGAAUAAGUUCAGCCUCUAGGUUUUUCAAUGGAAAUGAGACAAAUUGCCAUAAUAAUGAAGGCCUGGGGGGGGGGGGGGGGGUCUAUAAAGAAUGCUGAAAGUUCUUUCUCGCAAGACUUUUCAAUUCCAUGUAAAUAUUUCCUUUGUCAUGUACAUUAUGCUUGUUAGUUGUAGCAUUAUAAAUUAAUGUAUGUUGGCCUGGGAUUUUUAUCCAUCUUU